AUGGCGUCGUCGUCGUCAACAACCAAACCACCACCAUGUGCCACAUGUGGUAAAAACAUUGAUAUCUUACGUUGUAAAGGAUGUCUCAACCAUUACUGUCGACCACAUUUCAAUGAUUAUCGCGACAAGUUAGCCCAUGAGCUCGAUGUAUUGACAGGAGUGCACGAUCAACUUGAGCAAACAUUGAAUCAGACGACCGAAGCGCCUCGCUCUCACCCUCUUUUCAAGCUCAUCAACGAGUGGGAGAAUGAGUCAAUGCAAAAAAUAAGGCAAGCAGCGGGAGAGGCACGAAAACAGCUCAUGGCUAUUCUUACUUCUUCCAACUCGUCCAACAUUUCAACGGACUUGCACAAAGUGGCACUAGAACUCAAACAAGGACGAGAAGAAGAAGAUGGUUUUUAUGAAGGGGACUUGUUCUCAUGGAAGUGCAAACUGAACGAACUAAAGCAGCGACUCGAAACUCCACAUUUCAUCACCGUGGACGAAGAUGAUACGACCAAGUUUAUUAACAAAAUUCGAGUGUUACGUCAUGAAAAUGAUACAUUCGAUCAAGUUCUCGGUCCAGCUCGUAUCGAAGAACAAGGUGAAGUUGUUGUUCAUAUUCUCAGUAGGGGACAUGCAGAAGUGCGAGGAAAACAAGAAUACACCUCUGGCACUCAUCGAAUUACGUUGAAAAUUGAAGAUUCCGAUGCAGGAAGUUGGAUCUUCUUUGGUCUUAUUUCGAAGGCAACACCAAUGCAGAACAACUCUUUUGAAUCGGCUUCGUCUUUUGGAUGGGUAGCAGUAGCAUGGAGCAAUCAUGUCUAUAUUGCUGGAACGAACACUCCAGGACAUGGUGGCUAUCUUUCGGACUGUCAAAAAAAUGACAUGAUCGACUUAGAAUUCGAUUGUGAAAACCAUUUACUGCGUAUGAAGGAUAUUCGCUCCAGCAAACAAUAUACACUACAAAUUGAUAUCACCAAGUGCCCCUUUCCAUGGCUUCUUCAUGUUAACAUUGGCUAUCCAGAUGAUCGCGUUCGCAUUAUGAACUAA